ACGAGGCACAAGUAGUAAUGGGCUAUAUCACUCCUGGUCUUGAUGAAAAAUCCACAUCAGCGACAGCAAAACAGAAAAACCCAGCUGACUACCAGGAGGCACAAGUAGUAGUGAAUGUUCUCUCACCUGAUUUUGAUAUAAAAUCAACAACAACAACAAAACAGCAAAUGAUCAGUAAAUAUUCCUUUCACAACGCUAAAAAUCACAUAUCGAUGUCCACAAAAGCGGAUUAUUCGAUCGGGACAUCAUCAGAUUUUUUGCACACCGGGAUCUCCAAAUCUAACGAUCAGAAUAAUGGAAGGUUUAAAAUAAACAUUAACCCGUGCCUCAAACGACACAAACGAUCAAUUGUGGGUGGAAUAUUGAUAAUUUUAGUCAUAGUCAUUGUUGCCUUUGUCGUGGCUUCGGUAACUUCUAAUGCAAGAACGAAAGCUGUUGGUUGA